AUGUCACUCGCACACACAGCUGCAGAGUACAUGCUAUCAGAUGCCCUGCUGCCCGACCGUAGGGGACCCCGCCUCAAAGGACUGCACCUGGAACUUCCCCUGGACCGCAUGGUCAAGUUCAUAGCUGUGGGCUUCCCCUUGUUGCUGAUGUCCCUAGCAUUUGCCCAGGAGUUCUCUUCCGGGCCCCCCAUCCGAUGCUUCUCUCCCAGUAACUUCAGCAUCCGGCAGGCCGCCUACGUGGACGGUUCCUGCUGGGACUCACUUAUUCACCACGAACAGGAUGAGCUUGGCCAGAACAAGAUGAAAUCCCUGUGGCCUCACAAGGCCCUGCCCUACUCCCUGCUGGCCUUGGCUGUGGUCAUGUACCUGCCUGUUCUGCUGUGGCAGUAUGCAGCCCAGCCGGCCCUCAGCUCGGAUCUGCUCUUCAUCAUCAGCGAACUGGACAAAUCCUACAAUCGUUCCAUCCGCCUGGUGCAGCACAUGUUGAAGAUCCGGCAGAAAAGCUCAGACCCCCAUGUUUUCUGGGAUGAGCUGGAGAAGGCUCGGAAAGAACGAUACUUUGAAUUCCCCUUGCUAGAGCGGUACCUGGCCUGUAAGCAGCGCUCACAUUCCCUGGUGGCCACCUACCUCCUGAGGAACUCCCUCCUGCUCCUCUUCACGUCAGCCAUCUACCUGUACCUUGGCCACUUCCACCUGGAUGUCUUCUUCCAAGAGGAAUUCAGCUGUUCCAUCAAGACAGGCCUCCUAAGUGAUGAGACCCACGUGCCCCAUCUGAUCACAUGCAGGCUGACCUCUCUGUCCAUUUUGCAAAUUGUUAGUCUCUCCAGUUUAACAAUAUACACCCUAUUGGUUCCGGUGAUAAUAUACAACCUCACACGACUAUGUCGGUGGGACAAACGGCUCCUAUCCAUCUAUGAGAUGCUGCCAGCUUUCGAUCUCCUCAGCAGAAAGAUGCUGGGAUGCCCCAUCAAUGAUCUCAAUGUGAUCCUCCUUUUCCUCCGAGCCAACAUCUCUGAACUCAACUCUUUUAGUUGGUUGAGUGUCUUAUGUGUUUUGAAGGACACGACCACCCAGAAGCACAACAUUGACACAGUGGUCGAUUUCAUGACAUUAUUGGCUGGCUUAGAACCCACAAAACCUAAACAUCUCACCCAAAGGGUGUGUGAUGAAAACCCCUAG